AUAUACUUAACUCACUACUGUUCCAGCGCCAUACAUCUAAGGUCAGCAUCUCUAGGCAUGGUCGGUCAGUUGGUCAGACAUACACCGGUCAGAAUAUAUCACUUAAACGCGUUAUAGACUUGAUAGAUUUAAAUAUAUAAGCUAAGUUUAGUGACAGUGAGUUUUUUUAAUAUUUUGUGCGAAAAUACGGAGAAGAAAUUUUUUCUUGAAAAUUUCAGUCAUUUUCUAAAUAAUUUUUUAUAGUAUAAAAAUUUGUGUUCCUUAUUUUUUUUAGUUAAAAAUACUAAAAGAAUCAUAUAUCUGUUCUUCCAACCGUUUUAAUGACAUAAAACUAUACUUAAAUUCGAAAUUUCUUUCUAUUUAUUUUCAGUUUUAUUUAAUAUAAUAUUGUGUUAGUUUUUAUAAGAUUAUGCAGCAAAAUUAUACUGGUUUUAUAAUAAAAUAAUUAUUUAAAUGAUAUUGUUAAUUUAAUAUUAAAGAAAAUAAAUAAAAAAAAAAGUUAAAUAUGAGAGGUACAAGAAGUCGGUGUUGCCAUUAUCGGUGGCCUUGGUUUAGGGGCAGUUGGUCCCCAAAAAGUGACAUAUCCUUGCAGCCCUUGCCUAAACCUGAGGAAGCGAUUGAGGUUAAAGAAAGAGAUGAAACAGAUAACUUGACUUUCGAAGAAAAAAUCAAAGAACCCAAUAUUUUGAUAAUCAGGUCAAUCAAUCCAUGUUUGGAUGAAAAUGGUGCCAACCAUAGGACAUCAAAAUACGAACUAAUGAGAAGAGAACAUUAUCCACAACUGGUAGUAAGAAGAGGUCAACAUUUUAAGCUAAUAAUCACACUGAGCAGACCAUAUGAUGAAUCCAAAGAUGGCAUAUCGUUUAUUUUUGUUGUAGAUGAUGAAGAAAGACCUACUCACGGUUCAGGAACGAUGGUGGGUGUACCACUGUUGAAAAAAGCGGAUAGGUACCUUCCAUGGAACGUAGUUCUGCAUUCUGUCCAUGAAGAUACCAUAACGGUUAAUGUUUUGACACCUCCGGAUACCAUAGUUGCCAAAUGGAGACUGGAUGUGGAUACCAGGAUUAUUGAUGAUGGAGCCUAUAGUUAUAGCUGGGAGACCAAAAUUUAUAUACUAUUUAAUCCAUGGUGUAAACAGGACCAGGUGUUUAUGAAAUCUCCGGAAUGGAAAGAGGAAUCAGUUUUGAAUGACGUGGGUAUAAUAUACCGAGGAACUUACAACAGGAUUAAACCUGUGAUAUGGAAAUACGAUCAAUUUGAAAAAGACGUUUUAGAUUGUGCGCUUUACCUUGUUCAUAUUGUUGGUAAAGUGAAGAGCAGUUUCAGGUCUGAUCCAGUGAGGACUUCGCGGGCUUUGGCUGCAGCUGUCAAUGCGGCAGAUGACGAAGGAGCUGUUAUGGGUAACUGGUCGACGGACCAUAGUGGCGGUACUGCCCCAACCAAAUGGUUGGGUAGUUCGGAAAUAUUGCAGAAAUAUUUCAAAAAGAAGAAGCCGGUGAAGUAUGGACAGUGUUGGGUGUUUUCUGGAGUUUUGACUACUAUUUGUAGAACUCUGGGAAUACCAGCAAGGACAGUGACCAACUAUUCUUCAGCUCACGACACCCAAAAUUCCUUAACAGUGGAUUAUUUCAUGGACAAGAAUGGAACCAUAAUGGAUGAACUUAAUUCUGACUCAGUAUGGAAUUUCCACGUUUGGAACGAAGUGUGGAUGUUGCGACCGGACUUGGGAAAAGAAUAUGGCGGUUGGCAGGCCAUAGAUUCGACACCUCAAGAGCUUAGUGAGGAUAUGUACAGAUGUGGACCAGCAUCAGUUAUAGCAGUAAGAGAAGGAGAAAUUCUAAGACCACACGACAGCAAUUUCCUUUUUGCUGAAGUCAAUGCUGAUAAGAUAUUUUGGAGAUACAAUGGGCCAAGACAGCCGUUGAAACUACUAAGAAAAGAUACUUAUGGAAUAGGAAAGCUGAUUUGUACCAAAACUCCCGGAUCUUUUGACAGAGAAGACAUAACUGCUUCAUAUAAAUAUCCAGAAAAGACCAACGAGGAAAGAAUAACGAUGUUGAAAGCUUUACAGCAAUCUCAAAGCUUAUUUUCUAGAUAUUACCUAAAUGAAGACUUCAACGACAUCUACUUCCACUUCAACCUCCUGGAUGACGUAAAAAUAGGCCAACCGUUUGACGUAUCUCUAGCGAUGCGGAACCGAUCCAAAACGACAGCUUUCAAGGUUUCUGUCAUUCUGCGAAUUGACGUGGUCACCUACACUGGCAAAGUGGGCGAAUCUGUCAAAAAAGAGACUUUCAACGUGCUGGUCCAGCCGGAUUCGACUCACGAAGUCAAACUAACAGUGGCGUACGAGGAAUACGUCAAAAGACUGAUAGAUCAAGCUGCUUUCAACAUUUCUUGUUUGGCGUCCGUACCUGAGAACAAGUUUGAGUAUUAUGCACAGGAUGAUUUUCGGGUCAGAAAACCGGAUAUCAAAAUUCUUCUACAUGAACAACCUGUUGAAUCUGUAGAAACUGUGGCUUAUGUUAGUGUAGAGAACCCACUUCCUGUUGCCAUCAAAAAAGGGGAAUUUAGCGUAGAAGGUCCAGGAAUUGAAGGGAAAUUAAGGCUUAAAGUCAAGAAUGUGGAACCAGGACACCAUGCGAAAGCUGAGUUCAGAUUUACCCCGGAUAGAGUUGGAGAUUUUGCCAUUGCUGCUAAAUUUUAUUGCAAGGAAAUGGAUGAUGUGGACGGGUUUUUGAUGGUAACAGUGGAGCAAAAGAAAGAACAAAAUGGCCAUACUUGAGAAGUAUUUUAAGUAUUUUAUUUUACUCUGUCUUUCAUUAAAUCAACAUGUUUUAUUUAGCUACUAGUUUAACGAAUUUGUAUAGAUAUGAUUAUUUACCUAUAAUUUAUUUAUCAAAUGAUUGGAAUGACUAGAUUUUUAGAUUACGCAUUAUGACAAUAAUUUUAAAGUAGUUGAUGUUAUUCUUUAUAACAAGGGUGCUACCUACAGCAAUUAAAAAAAAUAAUGGCAUUCAAGACAAAAAAAUAUAUUUUGUUUAAAUCUUAACAUCCUGUAUCUUUAAAACUAUGCAUUUCCGGACCCAUGUAUAUACUGUGUAUAUCCCAGGAAUGUCUUUACAAAAGGUAAAACUUUUUUAUUAUUGUUAUUUUGAGAAAAAUGCAUUCUACAUAAAAUUUU